AAUUGACGGCUCAAUUCGGUGCACUGGUUGAAAUUGGAGGGGGAUCAAAAAACGGAAUACACCAGAGUCAUGGGAGGGUAAUAAAAAUCAGUCUGGUUACUCCAUUGUGGUGAAAUCAGGUCCUGGAUUCCAAAUUCCUUCUGGGGCUCCUGUUUCGUUUCUUUUCACGGGGAGUAAGGCUGAAAGGGAGAAACAAAAGGACGGAUUUCAGGAUCUACAUGCACUGGUAGAAGCAGUAGAAGCAGAAGAAAGAUGGGGUGCUCGUUUUCUGGGUUGAAUGCGCUAUACGACGCCGUUAAUGGAGGAGGGGAUGUCUGGAUCAAUGAGAACCGAUUCCGAAUCGUCAGGCAGCUCGGGGAAGGUGGGUUCGCCUUCGUCUAUUUGGUUAGGGAGGUGGUCGCUGACUCCUCUCCCUCCUCUGCUGGCGGUGGUCUCUCUAAGAAGCUUAAAGACUCCUCUCAUGUAUCUGAAGAUGGAAUUUAUGCCAUGAAAAAGAUCCUCAUUCAGAAUGGUGAACAGUUGGAGUUGGUGAGGGAGGAGAUCCGUGUCUCGUCACUGUUUAGUCAUCGAAAUCUGCUCCCGCUUCUUGAUCAUGCAAUCAUCUCUGUUAAGGUAAUUUUCAUUCGAGCAAAUUUUAUUGAGCCUACCCAAGAAACAUCUUGGAACCAUGAAGCAUACUUGUUAUUUCCAGUUCAUUUGGAUGGAACGUUGCUAGACAAUGCCAAAACCAUGAAAGCCAAGAAGGAGUUCUACUCUACCUCUGAUGUUCUUCAAAUAUUUCGGCAGCUUUGUGCAGGACUCGAGCACAUGCACAGUUUAGAUCCUCCAUAUGCGCAUAAUGAUGUCAAACCUGGGAAUGUUCUGAUAACACAUAGGAAAGGACGAUCGCCUCUUGCCAUACUGAUGGAUUUUGGCAGUUCUCAACCUGCCAAGAGGCAAAUUCGCUCCCGACAAGAGGCAUUACAGCUGCAGGAAUGGGCUGCCGAACACUGCUCUGCUCCUUUCCGUGCUCCUGAGCUGUGGGAUUGCCCAAGCCAUGCUGAUAUUGAUGAAAGAACUGAUAUAUGGUCGCUGGGAUGCACAUUGUAUGCGAUAAUGUAUGGCGUAUCUCCAUUUGAAUAUGCACUAGGAGAAUCUGGAGGAAGCCUGCAGUUGGCCAUUGUAAAUGCUCAGGUCAAAUGGCCAGCUGGACCUAAGCCCCCAUAUCCAGAAGCUCUUCAUCAGUUUGUGACAUGGAUGCUUCAGCCUCAGGCUGCUGUGAGGCCCCGAAUAAAUGAUAUCAUUAUCCACGUCGAUAAGCUGAUUGCAAAGUUCUCUCCUUGAGUAAAUAUGAAAGGGUUCGGUGGAGGCACAGUUAACCAAUGCAUAUUGUAGCCGUCGAGAAAAUUCCAAGUUCUGUUUCUAUCGGCAUUGAUAUAUAUAGUAAGAUUAAAAGCAGUAGCUGUUCCUUCCCUUGCACUUUGAACUUUUUUUAAUUUUUUUUUUGUUGCGGUAGUCUUGGUAGGCUGCGUCGGUUUUAUUAAUAUGUUGUUUGUCAAAUUUUACGUAGUUCUUUUCACUCUGUAAUCUAUGCCCGUGUCUUUUAGGACCAAGGGCCUCUCAUGUGCCUUUUUUACUGUCCCUUAUAAUGUUUCAACUUCCCAACUUUGUUUUUUUUAAUAUUUUUUUAAUUAUUGGCUUUUACAUAAAACAAGAAACCUUUAAAUAAAUAUCUUGAUAUUUUAAAAUGGUGAAGAUUUGUAUUUUUAUAUGAUUUUUUAAAAGUAAAAGGGUGUAUUUGUGAUAUUUUUGUUUAAAAAAUCAUAAAAAAAAAUGUAAAUCUUCACCAUUUUAAAACAUCAAGAUCUUCAAAUGUCUUUUAUUGUAAAUGAAAGUUAAUAAUUUAAAGAAAAAUGAAAAAUAAAAUUAAGAAGUUGGGGCAUUAGAUAAGGACAUAUUAGAGGCCCUUGCCCCUGUCUUUUACUUAUGAAUUUACAUAAAUUUCAUGUAAUUUAUUGAUUUUUCAUGUAUAUCUUUCCUAGCAUAUUUCCAGUACUUAAUAAUAUGUAUUUGCUCAGCGUUGCCAUUGCUCCUACA